AGUGGGGAGAGAUGAGUGUAGAUAAAAGGAGUGCAGAAGGCACGAGGAAGCCACAGUGCUCCGGAUCCUCCAAUCUCCGCUCCUCCAAUCCCCGCUCCUCCACCCGGUUCAGGAACCCGCGACCACUCGCAGCGCUCUCUUGACCACUAUGAGCCUCCUGUCCAGCCGCGCGGCCCGUGUCCCAGGUCCUUCGAGCUCCUUGUGCGCGCUGUUGGUGCUGCUGCUGCUGCUGACGCCGCCAGGGCCCAUCGCCAGCGCUGGUCCUGUCCCUGCUGUGUUGAGAGAGCUGCGUUGCGUUUGUUUACAGACCACGCAGGGAAUUCACCCCAAAAUGAUCAGUAAUCUGCAGGUGUUCGCCAUAGGCCCGCAGUGCUCCAAGGUGGAAGUGGUAGCCUCCCUGAAGAACGGGAAGGAAAUUUGUCUUGAUCCAGAAGCCCCAUUUCUAAAGAAAGUCAUCCAGAAAAUUUUGGACGGUGGAAACAAGGAAAACUGAUUAAGAGAAAUGAGCACGCAUGGAAAAGUUUCCCAGUCUUCAGCAGCAAAGUUUUCUGGAGGUCUUUGAACCCAGGGAAGACAAGAAGGAAAGAUUUUGUUGUUGUUUGUUUAUUUGUUUUUCCAGUAGUUAGCUUUCUUCCUGGAUUCCUCACUUUGAAGAGUGUGAGGAAAACCUAUGUUUGCGUCUUGAGCUUUCAGCUCAGCUAAUGAAGGGUUUAGCAUAGUACCUCUGCUAUUUGCUGUUAUUUUAUCUGCUAUGCUAUUGAAGUUUUGGCAAUUGACUAUAGUGUGAGCCAAGAAUCACUGGUUGUUAAUCUUUCAAAGUGUCUUGAAUUGAAGGUGACUAUUAUAUUUCCAAGAAAUAUUCCUUAAGGUAUUAACUGAGAAGGCUGUGGAUUUAAUAUGGAAAUGAUGUUUCAUAAGAAUUCUGUUGAUGGAGAUACACUCUUAUCUUCACUUUUUUAAGAAAUAGGAAAUAUUUUAAUGUUUCUUGGGGAAUACGUUAGAGAAUUUCCUUACUCUUGAUUGUGGGAUACUAUUUAAUUAUUUCGCUUUAGAAAGCUGAGUGUUUCACACCUUAUCUAUGUAGAAUAUAUUUCCUUAUUCAGAAUUUCUAAAAGUUUAAGUUUUAUGGGGGCUAAUAUCUUAUCUUCCUAUAAUUUUAGACAUUUUUUAUCUUUUUAGUAUGGCAAACUGCCAUCAUUUACUUUUAAACUUUGAUUUUAUAUGCUAUUAACUAUUUUAUUAGGAGUACCAUAAUUCUGGUAACUAAAUAUAUAUUUUAGAUAGAUGAAGAAGCUAGAAAACAGGAAAAUUCCUGACUGCUAGUUUAUAUAGCAACGUAUUCUUUUAGUUUUUAAACUAAAGGCAAACUUAACAAUGACUUGUACUCUGAAAGUUUUGGAAACGUAUUCAAACAAUUUGAACAUAAAUUUAUCAUUUAGUUAUAAAAAUAUAUAGCGACAUCCUCGAGGCCCUAGCAUUUCUCCCUGGAUAGGGGACCAGAGAGGGCUUGGAAUGUUGAAAAAAAAAAAAAAAAAAAAACAAGGAGAAGUCGUCCAAGGGAUGUCAAUUUUUUAUCCCUCUGUAUGGGUUAGAUUUUCCAAAAUCAUAAUUUGCAGAAGGCCAGCAUUUAUGGUAGAAUAUAUAAUUAUAUAUAAGGUUGCCACACUGAGGCAAGGUCCCUCCCCACUCACAGCUUUGGCUCCUUUCACAGAGCAGAACCUGGUUUAGAGGAUUGCAGAAGAUGAGCGGGGAGGGCAGGGAAGAUGCCUGUCGGGUUUUUAGCACAGUUCAUUUCACUGGGAUUUUGAAGCAUUUCUGUCUGAAUGUAAAGCCUGUUCUAGUCCUGGUGGGACACACUGGGGGUGGGGGUGGGGGAAGAUGAGGUAAUGAAACCGGUUAGUCAGUGUUGUCUUAAUAUCCUUGAUAAUGCUGUAAAGUUUAUUUCCAUAAAUAUUUCUGUUUAAGCUAUUUCACCUUUGUUUGGAAAUCCUUCCCUUUUAAAGAGAAAAUGUGACACUUGUGAAAAGGCUUGUAGGAAAGCUCCUCCCUUUUUUUCUUUAAACCUUUAAAUGACAAACCUAGGUAAUUAAUGGUUGUGAAUUUCUAUUUUUGCUUUGUUUUUAAUGAACAUUUGUCUUUCAGAAUAGGAUUGUGUGAUAAUAUUUAAAUGGCAAAAACAAAACAUAAUUUUGUGCAAUUAACAAAGCUACUGCAAGAAAAACAAAACAUUUCUUGGUAAAAA